UUUGUUGCAAGCUGUGGGAGGGAGGAGAGUUCUUCUUCCAGGUGGUUUCCUACAGACUGCCUGCUAGGGCUCAGAGGACCAGCUUCUUCCCUGCUGUCUCCUGAGCCCACUCCCUCUUGGCCAUCACAUUCCCCCUGCCCUAUGGCGGCCCUCACAGACCUCUCAUUUAUGUACCGCUGGUUCAAGAACUGCAAUCUGGUUGGCAACCUCUCGGAGAAGUACGUCUUUAUCACAGGCUGUGACUCCGGCUUCGGGAACCUGCUGGCCAAACAGCUAGUUGAUCGGGGCAUGCGGGUGCUGGCUGCUUGCUUCACUGAGGAGGGAGCCCAGAAACUUCAGCAGGAUACCUCCUAUCGGCUGCAGACCACCCUACUGGAUGUCACCAAGAGUGAAAGCAUCAAGACGGCGGCCCAGUGGUUGAGGGACCAAGUGGGCGAGCAAGGCCUCUGGGCCCUGGUGAACAAUGCUGGUGUGGGCCUGCCCAGUGGUCCCAAUGAAUGGCUGACCAAGGAGGAUUUUGUGAAGGUGAUUAAUGUGAACCUGGUGGGACUGAUCGAAGUGACCCUUCACAUGCUGCCCAUGGUCAAGAGAGCCCGGGGCAGGGUUAUCAACAUGUCCAGCUGUGGUGGUCUUGUGGCCGUCAUUGGCGGUGGCUACUGUGUCUCCAAGUUUGGCGUUGAGGCCUUCUCUGACAGCAUCAGGCGUGAGCUCCACUACUUUGGGGUAAAGGUCUGCAUCAUUGAGCCAGGGAACUACCGGACAGCCAUUCUGGGCAAAGAGAACCUGGAGUCACGCAUGCGAAAGCUUUGGGAGAGGCUGCCUCAGGAGACCCGGGACAGCUAUGGAGAGGAGUAUUUCCGUAACUAUACUGACAAGUUAAAAAACAUAAUGCAGGUGGCAGAGCCCAGAGUCAGAGAUGUCAUCAACAGCAUGGAGCAUGCUAUUGUUUCCCGGAGCCCUCGCAUCCGCUACAACCCUGGCCUGGAUGCCAAACUCCUCUACAUCCCCCUGGCUAAGUUGCCCACUCCUGUGACAGAUUUCAUCCUGAGCCGGUACCUUCCAAGGCCAGCGGACAGUGUCUAAACUGGGGAGGCUCAAUGGGUCAGUGGAGCCUAGAAGUGGGGGUGGAAGGAAGGACUGUGGGGUCACAAAAGGUGGUAUCAGAUAUCCUGGGGGCACUGGCCGCAAAGGACGCUUGGCUCAGCUGACACCCACUGCUGUCGAAUUUACCAGUAACUUCUAACAGAAGAUGAAUGCCUCUUCCCACCCUCUGGGACCACACAGAAACCUGAGGUGGUAUUUGCAAGUUCAGCGAUAUGCAGCAAUGGCUCCAAGGACAUCUGGCACCCAGUCAGGAUAUGGCUUUUUCUGGUCCUGGAAAAGUCAUGGAGAAGAAAACCAGCUCCUGAGGAAUCAUGAGCCCCUUUCAGUUAUCACUGCCACUGAGAAAUACUGUGGGAUAAUCUUGCCUCCAGGAGAAUCUAACCACCUUCCUACUGGGUGCCUCAAUAUGCAUGACUUCAUUCACAUAACCCAUCACUGAAGUACGUAGUAGGGCAGAUAGGGAGUGCAAGAUUACAUCAGACAAAAGUUUAAAAUAUUUUCUCUUUUUAGAUUCUUCUAUCUAUAGGUGAUUGGGAUCCACAUGAAAUAACAUUCAUUUAUUUAAUCACCAUUGAGUAAUUUUUCAAAUAUUUAUUGAGCACCUACUACCUACCAGGCACUUUGCAGGUGCUGGGGGAAUAUAAAGAUGAUUAAACCAUGGUCUUGGUUAUUUAUUGUUUAUUUUGUGUUUUGCUUUACUUUGUUUUAGCACAAUAUCUAGUAGCUUAGUUAGGACAAAUGAUGAUAGAAGGAAUAGAAAUCAGAAUACAAAUUUUUAGAGCUAUGAAGGACCCUGGAGGUGUUCAUCCAAUACUUCAAAAACUUGACUGUACCUUGUAAUCACCCAGUUAAUUAAAAAAUACAGACUCCUGCACCAAUAUUAAAAAAUCUGAUUCAGUAGGACUGAGACAAGGCCCAGAAGUAUGUGUUUGUAACAAGGACCUAGAAGAUUCUGAUGCACCUGAGCAAUUGGGAGCCACUUAUUCCAUAGACUAAGUAACUUAACACUCAGAGGGGGAAGUGACCUACUUAAGCCCCCAGCUUAGUAACUAAGACAAGGAUAGAAAUGAGGCGUUCAGACUCCCAGACCAGGAUUCUUUUUCAGUUAUAGGAAAAUCCAUUUCUGAAGUUAGUAACACUGUCAAAUAAGUCAUUGAACUAAUUUUUUUAAAAAAGACUUAAACUCCUGGGUCAUAGGGAGUUCUGUUGAAAAGACUUUUUUUGAUCUUGAU